CAGUUACACGCGAUCCCGGCGCCGGGGUGCAUACAACACCUUCGCGUCGCGCAGAGCACCUGCGGGGGAUGAUGGAAGUGUGUUACUAGGCCGAGUGGCACGUGAUACUCUCUCUUCGCCCGGCGCCGCUACUCUGCGACGUCAUGCCCGGCGUUUCCCAGCGGCUGCGUCCAACACGCGGCGCCUAGGACACCUUAGACGUGAAUAACGUUGCGCAAUGACUCGUCCUUUCGCGAUGAGAAGUACACAUCGGCUCGCGGCAGCCGGGGAAACUUGUGAAUCCCGCUGCGGUGGUCGGAACGCGGAUUAAGAUUCCCAAGAUUUACAAUCCCGAUCGGCGAUUUUUACGAGCGUACGCAGCCCUGACGUUGCUUUACGGAUCGGGGAUUAAUUCGACGGAUGAUGGAGUGCUGUUAAUUUCACCGAAGGUGGUGUGUGCAACGACGCGGGCGUACAGCAGUUGAAGGCGAUAGGAUCUAUUUUGCGAGUGAUUCCUGGAGCAAUCAUGGAUAAACGACGGUCCUUGGACGGAGGAGUGCAGGAGCAUCCUUUACCUAUUCCGGUUCAGAUGUUUCUUUGGCGGCAACUAAGACCAUUUAUUCGAGCUAAACUGGGGAAAGUUCACGAAGCCUCUUGCACGUUCUGUCAACAUGCGCCAGGCCAUCAUGAAAUGAAGGAAGCGUGUACGUGUCUGGAAAAGGUCUUAGUGCAGAACCUUCACAACGAUCUUACGCCCUCUCUGAGCGAGAUUUUGAGCAAUGUACCACGUUGGCGUCUGAUACAAGCCGCUCUUCCCUACGUCCUUCAUGCUGCGUCCAGUGUCCUGCACAAUAAGAAGGAUUUUCAGAGCCUCGGUGCGAUGGAAACGACUCUUCUUUAUAUUCUUCACUGGAUACUCCUGGAUUCGGCCGAGGAAUGCGCCGAGAACGACGUGGACCCGGCAAACCCCUUUCACUACUUAUUUCCGAUACCCACCUUGACUCUCUUCGUCUACCUGUUUGCGCCUUUGUGCAAUCACUUGAAAGACAUCGACUUCAGGUCGAACUUACGGUUGGAGAACGGCUUGAAGAUAUGGUCCGCUAUGUACGAAUGCCGACAUCCGGAGGCGUCUUGCUUUACCACGCAUUGUCGCGCCAAGCCGCGUCUUUAUUGGAGCCGGUCUUUCAAGUCAGCGUAUAAGCAUCAUAUACUGUCGGAUGAUGUUUUCGUUGGAGGAAAUGUCGAAAGUCCACCCAGCCAGUCGAUCAGUGCGUAUUCGGAUCAGGCUGCUCCGCCAUCUUCGAAAAUAAUCGAUGAUGAUCAACAGAGUACUUGGUUGUCAUCGCCGAAAGACACUGUAUUCCCAGAAACGAUACCCGAGGAGAGCUCCGGCGCCGAGGACGAGCAUGUGGUAAUAUUCAGAUUACCCUCCUUAAGCGAGUCGGAGAAAAUGAUUGACGGGGUAAAAAAAGUUUCCACUAUAUUCGCAGCUGAGGCUAGCAUCUUCCACGUCGCGAUGGGCAGGACUACCAGCUCCUCGAAAUCCACGGUGAUGAUAGAGCAGGUCACGGCGAUCUCCGGGUUUGACACGUGCAAGCAGUACCACGGCAAAACUAUGAAAACCGGAAGUAUGGAUAAAGAGAAGGAUGAUAAAACAUCCAAGGCGGAAAAAGAAGCACAGGAGGCUCCGAAGGCACGUGGAAGUUUCUCAACCCAACGUCAAAGCGCACCUAGUGACGCAAUCACGACAGAGCAAACCACGGGUUCUUCGACUGUCGAUUUGGACGUUCGUGCCGCAACCUUCCUGGAUGUAGCCACUCUGAGAUGCCUGUUCGUGUCCCAAUGGCAGGAAGAAGGUGUCUUCUGGGCUCUUCAGUUUCUAUACUAUCGGCUACGAAGAAUCAACGAAGAAAGCUCCGUGCAACAAAUGCCACGCCGUCGCAGUAACUCCUUGCCUAUACCGAAAAUCGAGGUCUCCAUUUACCAGAGUCCCGAAAGUAAGAAAAAAGAUGUGCUGAAGGACUUCAUAGAGAUUCCCGAAACGCGUGACGUCUCAGUGGUGGCGGGUCAAGACGUUGAAUCUAGUCAUACAAGACGCGCCAGCGAGAAAACGAAGAAACGUAUGAAGAUGGCCGACCUCAAGGCUUUCGUGGAGACGAAGCUGCUCUCGAAGUCGGAGAAGGCACUUGAGAAGAUUGGCCAGGAUGAACCUAAGAUGUUGUUCGAGCAGGAGUGUCAUAGAAGUCUCGAUACUGGGGACGACCAUCUGACGCAACAAACUUCGACGUGCUCGAAAACCUUCGAAGCGAAGGAUGUCGAUUACAUGAAGCAUCCUACAAAUCUGAUCAAAGGGAAAAGUAUGCCAAGCUUAAGCUGCUUGAUUAACGAGCUGACCGCGGGAGGGUAUAUCGGCGACACCCGCAUCGAGAGGAAGCAGAGUCCGUUUUAUAGCCAGUCCUGUACUGCGCAGAACCCUAUCAUCACCGUCACGGAACACACGCCAACUCCAUCGCCCGAUUACAUGAAGCGCCAAGGAUCCAUCGAGAGUCAAUUGGACGCUAUCAGUGCGCAAGGAGGUCGUCUGUGCUCCGAGAGGAAACCUAGUCUCACAAGAUCACAGACGGACUCUAAUAUUACUUACAUGAGCGACGAAGUGCCAGAAGCUCCGGGCUCCGCGUGUUACGUCACGAAGGAAGGUGACGUUGAUCUUCAGGUUGUCCUAAAGGCGAUACACUCCGUCGCUUUGCGGGAUAAUGCCUGUUGUACGCCGCGAGUUUGCGAGAUUAUCCUGAACCUGGUGGAAUUGUUGAUGGACAUGGGGGUCAUGAAGCACUGUCUCCGGGAAGAAGCUACGGGCAGUAACGCAGGGUCAGGUACAGGAAUCGAUAAAUCAGAAACGGGAAAGAAACAUGAUUCGCCAACAGGAUUGACUCAACAAGAAUACAGGCACGAUCCGAAUGGAGGGAGCAAAUCAAAUGCUCACAGUCUUCUUAUGCAUUGCGUGAUUAGAGUGUUGAAGCACUUAGGCUGUCCAUACGGUUGCUUGGAAGGAGUACGUGGGCCUCAAGCCGAUAUCUGUCGCUCUCAGGGCCAAACAAUCCUGACCAAACUGCAUCGAGCGAGUUCCCGUCAAUUCUCGAGGUUCUUAAAAACAAUGAUGAGAGAGCAACCGUUAGCAGAAAUCUUAGACUUCUUUCACUCGUAUGUCGGGUACUGCGUCGAUCCGAGCUCGCUGUUAUCGCCACUCAAUCAGAAACGAGUGUCCAGCAAGUCUCCGGACGUGGCCUCCCAAAGUGGAUACGCGACGAAUUUCGGUGCCGGCAUGAUGGGUUCUGGAGCCAGUGGGGCAGUUGGGGGUACCUCAGGUGGAACUGGCGGGGGCACCGGUGCGACGGCGAGCGGCGUCGCGACGUCCUACAACGCCGGCGGUUAUGGGGCGCGCGGUAUCGAAGGGCAAAUCAUAGCAUGCGUCUUCAAGGUGCUGGUCACCCGCCUGGUCGAUUCCGCGAAGCAACUGAAGGCACAGGAGAACAUUAACUUGUAUUGCGACGUGCGACAGUUGAUGACGUACGUCAAGGAGGCGCACGGCGGCAUUUUCCGACGCGUCAGCCUCAGCGGCAUCUUGGAUUCCGCGGAUCGACCGAAUAAACGUUGCAACAGCAACGUGCAAACGACGCGUGUCAUAAGGCAUAUACAUCAGUCGGAUUUAGAGGAACACGCGGAUAUCGGGGGAGAUACAUGUUAUACCGUUGACGAUAGGGGCACACGGAAAUUCCUCUUUAAAAAGAGGAGCACGUCGUCCACUUGCGCUGCCGGGUCGAAUUUGCAGAGCCUUCUCGAGACGCAGCUGAGCGAGGAGAAGAUUAGUCAAAGCCCGUUGGGCAAUUUGCGUAAGAAGCAUCAUGUGUUGACACCCAGGCAGAGCGAGCGCAAUCUCGGUGUUGGCGAGCCUUCCCUGGGUCCCGGAAAAAUGCGGAAGUCGACGCGAUUUCAGAUCGGCGGUAUCGUUAAUUGGUUCCGGAAGGAGUACAGUCGAACCGAUUCUACCGAUAGCCAUGAAAGUAGCGAGUCACCCACAGACGGUAGCUUUGUUAGGCAACCCAGCUUCCAUUACGGUCCCCAUCGCAGCACAUCGCGAACGGGACGUGGGGUUGGCUUAACUCUGCAGAAGGCGAAACGUCGGAUGGAGGAUCAGCUGAAUAAGAUCGGAUUCGGAAAAAGCAAGAAGAAAGAAAGCUUGGAGGAAGCGCCUGGAAACUAUUUCAGUCGGAGAAACUCCACGGAGCUCGGCGAGGCCUGCAGAGAAUCCGAGUUUGUUGUCCUGAAGGAAAGAAGGUUAAUACCUCGCAACGCGGUGUUCGAAGGAAUGUUGCGGUUCUCUUUCCUGCUGGAGACCUGCCAACCCGGCUCCGUUCCCGAUCCUCACCUAAUGGCGUCGCUCUUAGAUCUUCCAUAUGCGCCAGUGGUAUCUCGCGCUUGUCUGAUACUGGAAUGCGCGCACUUGGUGCAUCAAUGUAACAAAGGCCACUGGCCGGCGUGGAUGAAGCACAACUUUCCCAUGUUUCGGCCGUCGAUGCCUAUAAACAAUCGAAACGCCCCGAGCGCACUUAGGCGCAUUCACGUGCUGCAACGCACCGCGGGCAAGCUGUUUUAUCAGUGGGCGGAGGCUAUAGGUACGCGAUUAGAAGAGUUCUUAGCUGAGGAUAAGCAAAAUAUGGAGCAGGUCACGAGUAUAGUGUCCGACGAGGGUAAACAGAGAGACUUGGUUCUGGAGGACGAAGAGGAAGAUUUUCUGGACGAUGCUAGUAUAAAUAGUUACGGAUCUCAGUGCCCUUUCGCGUUGCGACUCGUUGCCUGCGUUUUGCUGUUGGAAGUGACGGCGUUUCUGAGGGAGACUUAUCAAACUUUGCCGAAAUCGAGCAAAUUGCUGACGAAGGAACGUCCGCCGCCAUGGGAAAGAAUGUCGCUACACUACAGUCGAGAAGCGAAUCGACGGUGGAGCUUGGCUUUGUCGUCUAUGGGUCAUUCGCAGACGUCCGCGCAGAGUCUACAGUCUAUAGUCGGCGAUCGCGAAGCCGCGGAUCGUAAAAUCAGUUUUGUCGUUUUUGAACCUGAUUACGAAUCAGAGGGGAGCAGUAAAUCGACGGUUACGAUACAAGGGGAGGAGACUCAGAACAUCGAGAAAGAGAAGGCGAAGCGAGUGCAGGCGCCUCAAGGCAGACCGUUCCUCCUCCGUCGCAGUACCGCUGGAACUGGCUCGUUUAAAAAGAGGAGUCUUAAACUUCGUCGCAAUACCAAGGAGGGCAAGGACAUAGAAAGCGAGGCGUUCGCGGUAAAACGCGCGGAUUCAAUUCAGUCCAAGAGAAAAGUAAGCUCGCUCUCUGACAGAAGCGACACGUCCGAACCUGGUUACGGUGGUGAGGUUAGCGGCGAGGAGUCGCCCGGUAUUCUCAGCGACGACCAGCCACCGGAGAGUCCGAGUGACAGCAACGAGACUGACGAGACCAACAAGAAUUUCCCAUGGAUGAAGGUUCUGGUGCAGCUCGUCAACUCCUUCAAUUUUUACUGUUCCCAUCAGAAUUUCUGCCAUCCCUUCUGUCAUCGGCGACAGAUGCGCGCUAGUAGCAGAUUAGUCAAGUCCGUAAGGAAGAUCUAUGGCGAGAAGUUUGGUGUAUUAAACGGCACGGGACUGUUGGACGUUGACACUGAUAAGAAGGAGGAUGGUAAAAAAGACAAACGUAGCCGCAAAGUGUCCGACCAAACCAGCACGCAGGUUUCGCCUGUCAGGCGGAAAGAUAGCGUGGGACGCAAAUACAAGAUAGAGAAAAAUAUGGAUGGCUCUGGUCGAUUAACUCAAAGAGAUUCAUCAAAGGAUCUCGCGGAACAGGACUCUGAGAGAGGCAAGGAAUUCUCGAGGAAAAGCGCAGCAAAGCACGAUGUCGAAGAGGAUAAAGAGCCGCCGCCGAUCCUGAAGUACAUAAAGACUCAAGUGAAAGACGCCUUUCACGUACCUCUGGCUACUUUGAUCAAGGGGGCGGUUGUCAUGACGGAAGAUUUGUUUGUGGAUGUUUUGCCGGCCGCAUGGGAGCUUUUAUUGGAGUCCAACCAGGAAGUCGCCGCGUCAGCCGCGGCACUCUUCAUCGUGUCGGCUGUGCGAGCGCCGAACCAGGCCAGCGAAUUGAUGCACAAGGGCCUUCAGCACACCAGCACCAGCGUCCGCAUCAAUGCCAUUCUGCGGUUUCAAGUCCUGUGGAAAUUGCGAUACCAGGUGUGGCCACGAAUGGAGGAAGCAGCUCAUCUGACGUUCAAAGUGCCUCCGCCGGGGAUAGAGUUCACAUUGCCGUCGCCGAAAAUUGGAAUAGAAUCCUUGCCGGUGGUCGAUCCACCCUGGAUGCCGCAAGUGAAGACCAAGGUGGAAGAGGUCACUAUCAAUCAGGAACGUCAUAGAUCCUUAGUGACCGCGACGAAAACGCGCAAGAAGCAACAGACCGAACUGAUCAAAAAAGCUCUUCAGGCACAGGACGAUAAGAAGCGGGAGGAGAGGGAAAAUUUUCUGAUUACAACGAUACCGAUCACCGUCCAAGCUGCCUAUGAGCCCAGUCCAGUAGGAGACGAUCAUGACGAAGGAAAUGUGGGAGACGAAGACGCAGGCGAGACAGUAACAAGGAACAUGACGCACCAUGGUCAAUCGGCUCUCUCGUUGUUCCCCUCUUCAUUAUGCUCGGCGAUCGUUCAAAUUAUUAAUCUCCUGGACGACCCGGCAGUCUCCGACGAUGGAAAUGCGGUAUAUGAAGUGGCAUACCAGGUCAUUUGGAGCUGCCUGGUGGAGGACAGCGCCUUGUUUCUCCGAUACGUGUUGGAGCGCCUCACGAGAGACCAGCAAGAGUUAAUGUUUAAAAUUCUGCGACAUCUUAUUAGAUUUGUACCGAAGUUACCGCAGCAGGCUGCGUUCGCGUUGUACAACUAUAUCAUUGGCUAUGUGAUGUUUUACGUGCGUUCUCCGCACGAAGGUGGUCAGAAGCUGAUCGGAACCGCAUUGUCCAUUCUAUGGAUGGUGGUACACAGUGUGCACGGCAUCAUGUUUAAAGAUCUAAAGCAGAUUCUGCGGAAGGAGCAAUGCGACGCGUCGAUUCUGCUCACGGCAAAUGUCCCAUCGGCGAAAAAAAUUAUCGUUCACGGCCCGCAAGAUCCCGACGCCGGGGAAAUACCCUCGCAGUUCCCCGUUCAAGAGGACACGCAGUUCUGCCAGAUACUCAGGGAAUCCUUGGACUUUUUCGGCAUCGAGGAAGCGAAACACCGCGAAUACUUCCUCGUUGAUUACAAGACGCAUCAAAUACACAAUCCGUCGUCGUACGUCAGAGACUACUAUUUCUUCAAGAGAUCGCAAUUCCCGCAAAUCGAGCUCGUCCACAUGAAGCCGGAGGACGCGUUCAACUUGUUACAGCAGCAGGAACUAAUGCACAAGUUCGUCGAGAUAGGAAAAGUGCUGCUGACUUGGGCGAUUUUGAAAAAUGUCGACAUGGUGGUGCAGAGAGUCGUAUUUCUUCACGAGGAGCUCAUGAAGUUGCCGUCGUUCCCGCGUAAAGCGCUAGAAGCGAACUUGGAUCUGUACAAAGGUGGCGAGAUUGGGAGAGAGCUCCUCGGGCUGGACGUGAUGCACAAGUUUAUGUGGGUCAGAUUGAUCGCGCGAAUGUUCGAGGCAAUGGCCGGUAAUUUCGCGUAUUCCGGCGAUAUCCACCUCUUUCUGAACGUCCUGAAUGGCGCCCUGAUUAUUCAUAGCGAGGAUUCCUGUAUUUUACGUUACGUCGUGGCCACCUACAUCAACGCGGCGCACAAUUUCAAGAAUAUCUUUUCGACGAACGGUUACCUGCUGAUCAUGCCGACUUUACUGCAGCUCUACUCGACGCACCAAACGAACAAACUCGUGACAACCACUGUCGAGUACGCUGUCAAGCAGUUUUAUCUCAUGAACCGCAAACCGUUUAUUCUUCAGAUGUUCGGCAGUGUAUCCACUAUAUUGGAUACGGAUGAACUGAGCGUACACGGCGAGGCUCACAAGGUCCCAUCCACGUGCUUGUUCAAUUUGUUGUUGAGUUUGGAAACUCCAUCGCCAGAUCCGCUCAAUAUAGGCGAAUUGGUGAAAGAAGAGAAGCCUUUGAAAGCAAUAGACUUCUGCUACCACGAUGAAGACGAGAUGGUCAACGUGCUCGAUUGCAUAUCACUUUGUGUGAUGGUAAUAGCUUACGCACCCGACGCCAUCAGAGGUCAACAGAUGUUGAUAAUACUAGAGGCGAUACUACCAUGUUACGUCCAACAAAUCCAAUCUCCUACGUACAAAAGGCAAGAAGACAAGACAGAGAAAGAAAUAAUAAAUCAAUUAGCCAUCGCUGUUAAGACAUUGGUUAACAAUUCUGAGGCGUUAACGAAAUAUUACAACGGUCCUCAGAAAUUGAGUCCCGAACACAAGGGCUCCAGUCAAAGAAACUACGGCAAAGGUCCGUACUCACCGGGUUUCGACUUCGAGGAGGAUACCCACGUGAAGUACAUGGAACAUUCGAAGAUUCGAAAUUUCUACGAUCGAGACAACGAGGACGCGGAAAAUUUCCACAAGUACGAAUUUAGGAGACCGCGCGACACUUUACUGAACAUGGUCGGGGACUUCGUCACACGUUGCUCCGCUCGUCUGAUUGAACUCAACAAGAAAUCUCAGGACGGGAAGACCAUCGAGCUGCUGGAUUCGAAGUGUCACGUGCGACUAGCCGAUAUCGCGCACAGUCUCUUGAAGAUCUCGCCGUACGACCCGACCACUAUGGGUUGCCGCGGUCUAAGAAGAUACAUGAACGACAUACUUCCUUCGACCGAGUGGUCGGCUGACGACAUGAGACCGGCGCUGAUGAUAAUCCUCAGGAGAUUGGAUAAAACUUUCAGCAAGAUACACAAAAAAGCAUCGAUCAGAAGGAAUACUGAUUGGGCCGCCGCCAGUGAUCUUCUGAAAGGAGUUUACGAGACUCUGUUGAGAUGUCCGUACAUCGCGCACUUCCAGUACCUGAAGACGCUGUUAAACACAUGUCAGGCUUUGAUUGUUGGCGAUACUCCACCCGAAGACGUUACGUCAGCUUCCGCAGCCGCCUUAAUGAGCAAGAUACCGCCUCAGCACUUUUGCUCGACAGUAUUGCGUUUGAUCGCUUUGCACGUGAUAUCCUUCGGCGAAGGAUAUUCCUUGGAAAACGUUCUCGGUGGCCAGAGCAUGUUCGCUUCUCAGACUCGCACGGAGAAUACGCUUCUGAACUUAUUGAUACCAUUAUUCCUGCGUGUCGGGACUGGAAGAAAAGACGUGCCGAAGUUCAGGCUGUCGGACAUCAGUUUCGCUCUAACGGCGGUAUUGAACACCCUUUGGCCGCCGGGAGUGAAGACGGUGCCACUGACAGCGCAAACCUUGAAAACCACCACGGACAUGAGAACCGGCAGUCUAACGUUCGCUGCGCGAGAUCCGAGAACUUUGACGAAAACGUCAUUGACGUUGUACCAAGUAGCAUUUCUGGCGCUCAAGAUAAUGACGAUAUGCUUCGAGACCGAGCUGCGAACGGAAUGGCCGAGGAUCUUGCGCACGAUGCGCCUGUUAAACAAACGCAACGAAGCCUCGAUAUACCUGUGGAAUUUCCUGGAAUUCGUGGUGACACACCGCACGGCUCUGUACAUCCAGAUGCUGCCGUUCAUCGUUUACAAGAUCGGACAAGCUCCGAUAUCCGAGCACGAGCGAAACAUGCACACUAUCAUACGGGAGAAGAUCAACGGGAGUAGUACCACUGUACCGAAAUCUCGAGGCGCGCUGCUGAUGGAUCUCAUUCACGACUUGAAGAACCUAAAGGAGGAGAUCGAAGAUCGAAGAUUCGAUGAGAUGCAACCGGAACCCAAGAGAAGCGUAGUGGACAUGCACCCGAUAGCCGAGGGUCAACCGCGCACUCAGAGGCCGUCUCUGUUGAUGGACUUUCUGACCGGCGAUCUGAGCUCCAAAGCUCAUAUAAACCGUACGCCUGCCGAGACUCCGGUGUCUCAUUCCACAGCACCUCAAUCACAGCCUCAUUCGACUCAUCAAUCCAACUCAAGUAGCACUGUUAAAACAACGCAGUCCAGUCAAGUAACAGCACCACCGAACGGAUCCGUGUCGAGUACUAGCGCGGGAUCGUCCACGUUGCGUGAGGCGAGCGACACGUUCGCCGGGGAGCUGUACGUGGAGCAGCCGCCGCCGUCGACAGAUAGAUUCCAACCAUCUUCUACUAGCGAUGAACGUAACCAUGUUAAGCUUCAUCCUAUCUUACCUCACCAAAAGGCGCCAAAGCUGCGCUUUGUCUCUUCCGUAGAGCUUAGAAACUCAUCAGGAGAGACGCUGACGAGUCAACUAAGCCCGAGCAGUCCGACCGAAGACAGUUCUGGAGAAUUACGCACCGACAAGCCUCGCUUACAGCGUUCUAUGGGUCAAAGCAAGAAGACAUUCCGCUUAAGAAAGAGUCGAAAGGCUCAUAUUGAGACACGGAAUACUGAUUUGCAGUUGACCCAAACGAAGCCGGAACAGUCGGAAGCGAUUCUAGUGGAAGAAACAACGAGCCAGCUGAAAGCAGCAAUGCCAAGUUCGUCGGCGUCAGCUGCGGAACCGUCGUUGUCCAACAUCCCGUCGGAUUCUUCGUCCAUCCGUUCCAAGCGAAGUCUAUCUAUUCGUAAGUCGGACGGAGAGAAGAAUGCAACCGUGCCGGGCGAUCAGCAGCAACAAUUCCACGGGGCGACACUUCAAUAUCACCAUUCCCAUCACCACCAUCACCAUAUUUAUCCGCAGAUGUCGGACGUCUCCUGGGACGAGGACACAUCCAGUACUUCAGGAUAUCGCGAGUCGUAUAGCAUGCAGCUGGUAUCCCUGGACGGUAACAACGCGCGCUCGACCACAGCACCUCCUUUAGCAUCGCCAGAUCUCAACGAUAUGCCUUCUACGAGCAGCACGACGACCAAUUACAUAGGCUUUGACGGCAGCUCACCGGAUUGUUCCAUCAACGGCAGCGGAGGUGAGAAGACCGCUCUCUUAACAUCGAGCCAGAGAACGACUUCUCAACACUCCUUACUGAUGGUCUUUCCGAAUCAAGAUGAAGAUACGUUAAUAUAAGUCACGUAGAUUAGCGAUAUCUGCUCGACUGAGACUGAAAAUUAAACACCAUUGCAACACAUACUCAGACAACACAAAUAACUAAAAGUUAUCUUAAAGACGUCCAAAAGAAAUAAAACAUUUUUAGGACGUUUUUAAGACAUCCUUCGAGUAUACAUAAAAUUGACUUUGUUGGAAAGCUUGAACAUUUGGGAUUUUAAUCAUGUUAUAUUGUUCUUAUUUGCGGUCAGAUUUUAAUUUAUUUAUAAUAUUUUCAUAAUGUGGCUAAAGUAUCAUUUAGUGACCAGUCAGUUUGAUUUUGUCCCAAUUUAUGACCUAUGUAUGUUCCUAAUAUUGACCGGCGAUAAACAUAUGAACGGCCCUAUUACUGAUUGACUACACUGACUGACAAAUACUGUAAAAAACUAUAACUUGUUAACGUUAUUAUACUUGUAUAUUAUACUUGUUAACAUUAUUAUAUUUUUAAAAAACAUAAAGUAGUGCAUAAAAUAAUAAUGUCUUUAAAUUAAAUUUAACACAACAAAUUUAUAUAUUUAUCAUAUACACAUUAUUCAAGAUUUAUCUAUCUUUCAGGAAGGUGAAUGUCCCAACUAUUGAUCAUGUUCCAAUUUGUGACCAUCGCACUCAUUUUCCUUAAUACGAGUCUAUAUUUAUUCUAAACAUGUGUUCGGUACACUAAAUUUUACAUAUUAUCAAUUACAAGUUUCGAAUAAAAUUAAAAGCCGUAGUGAGAAUGCUGAAAUAUCAGAAUUACAAGCGUACUACUUACGGCGACAAUUCAAACAAUCCGAUGUCACCGAUAUCUUAGUAAUAAACAAUGAAUAUUAGAUGUCUGUUUAAUGAA